CUAUGCUUUUUUUCCAGGGCAGUGAGGAUGGGACUUUCAGCCUUGGGUCUGUUCUUAUACUUUAUUCUGGACCCGGACUUGGACUGCCCAGCAUCACUGACCAGCCCCUAGUCCUGGACUUGCUGUGUACAAAGAGCAUUGGGGUGUGUGUGUGUGAGAGAGAGAGAGAGGGAGAGAAUUAGUUACUGGCAGAAUUGACUCUACACCUCAGGGUUUCAGGCCUUGAGAUGAGUCGAUGCUUUCUCAGCUACACAAUGUCUGGGCUCACUCACCCUGGGAACGUCCACCCUUAGCUCUGGAAACUUAACAAACUCACUUCCCUCCACUUCAGCAGUAGCCCAGUAAUACUAUUGCUGACUCAGGCUUUUCCACCCUCUUCAUUGGCUCCCUGUCUCUUACCCAAGAGUCCCAUUUCCUACUGGUGCAUCCAAGAUGUUACCACCGUCGGCGACUGGCAGACCUACAGCUGAAGGUGGUGGUAACAGUGAUUUGGGAAGAAAACGGUUUCUUUGGCUGUUGUCCAAAGCUGCAACCCUGCACAGACCUGAACUCUGGUUCUGGAUGGGAGGGCUUGGGGCGAAAUACUGGACACUGAAGUAGCAGUAGCUCUGAUUUCUUUCUUGGCUGCCAUGUGCCGUUGGCUCUGUUCUAGGGGCUUUAUGAACAUGCUGGAUUCUGAGAACACUUCAAGGGAAAGAUGGAGACACUGAAAGACAAGACCCUGGAGCAGCUGGAGGAGAUGCAGAAUGACCCGGAGGCCAUUGACCGGCUGGCCCAGGAGUCCCCUGAGGUCCAGGACCUGCAGCUGGAACGGGAGAUGGCACUGGCCACCAACCGGAGCCUGGCCGAGCAGAACCUGGAGCUCCAGGGUCCCCUGGAGCUCGGCCGCUCGAACCUCUCGGACAAGUACCAGGAGCUCCAGAAGCUGGUGGAGCGGUGCCAGGAGCAGAAGGCGAAGCUGGAGAAAUUCUCUGCAGCACUGCAGCUAGGGACCUUGUUGGACCUUCUGCAGAUAGAGAGCAUGAAGAUUGAAGAGGAGUCCGAGGCCAUGGCUGAGAAGUUCCUGGAGGGCGAGGUGCCCUUGGAAACGUUUCUGGAGAACUUUUCCUCCAUGAGGAUGCUGUCCCAUCUGCGCCGGGUUCGGGUGGAGAAGCUCCAGGAUGUGAUGAGGAAGCCCAGAGCCUCCCUGGAGCCGGCUGGUGAUGCUCCACCUCCCCGCCCACCUCCCCCACCUCGCCCCACCCCCCAGGUGCCGCCCCCUGUGGCUGAGGAUCUGCAGUCACAGCCACCGCCAACGCUACCGCCACCAUCAGCGGCCCCUCCCUUUCCUCUGCCCUACAGCCCCUCUCCAGGCCUUCCCGCGGGCCCCAUUGCCCAAGGUGCGCUCCAGCCGGCCCCCUUCCCUGUGGUGUCCCAGCCCUCCUUUUCCUACAGUGGGCCUUUGGGGCCCCCGUACUCAUCAGCCCAGUCGGGGCCUAGGGCUGCUGCAGGCUACUCCUGGUCCCCACAGAGGAGCAUGCCACCCCGGCCAGGCUAUCCUGUGGCCCCCACUGGUGCCUCUGGCCCUGGGUACCCCGUGAUGGGGGGCCAGGGCCCCAGUCCUGGUUAUCCUCAACAGCCCCCGUACCCCUCAACAGGAGGAAAACCUCCCUACCCGACGCAGCCCCAGCUCCCGAGCUUCCCAGGCCAGCUACAGCCCCCAGGCCCCCUUCAGCCUCCCUAUCCCCCCGGGCCCGCCCCUCCCUAUGGGUUUCCACCGCCUCAGGGGCCUGCCUGGCCGGGCUAUUAGACAUGGUCCUGGCCCUUGGCCUUCCCUACUUCUACCUGGCGCACAACCUUUGGCCCACCCACUGCUGAGAUUCGAGGUUAAACUGGAAGUGGAGUUGACUCCCCCAUGGUCUUGUGUCCCACACGGGGGGCCUGGGGGCACCGGGCUGGGAGUGCACAGGCCUGGAAAGGCGCCAGCCGGUCCCAGCACUGGCUGCCCUCUCGGGGGAAGGGGGCGCCUCGUUUCUGUGACUGGCUUUAGCUUUUCUGGUGCUCACCAGGCUGGGAGCUCAGUCCUCACCGAGGGUGCCCGGGAGGGAGCAGAUGCUCGCGUUUGUGGACCUCUGCUUGUGCCUGCACUCGCUCCUGGACGUCUGAACCCCAUGCGGAGUUCUCUCGAUGACAGGGUGGCCGGGUCUCUGUCUCCUGCUCACCCCCUCACUCUCCUCUGGGAUUUGGCAUGUUCAGCUGAGGGCUACAGCUCUUUGUGUCUCUCAGGUCCAUUCAAGAAUGGCCUGCCCUGCACGCCAUGUCAGGGUUGGAUCAGGGGAGAGAACAGAGUUAUUAGGAAAAAUACUUCAUGAUUUUUAAGUCACACAAAGCCAUAAUUGAACUCUCAUAGACUGGUGUCAGAUAAUCUUGUUCUGUAUGCUAGUUUGAAUGAUGGCAGUGGAGCCAACGCAGUGAGGAGGCUGGGGAUUGUGAGGUGGACCCCAGACCUCGCUUGCCCUGGUUAGAGGAUCCAGGGGGCUGCCUUGGACCCUUUGGCUGGAGGAGAGGGAGCAGCUCUGGCCCAGGAGAUCAUGAUCACAUAGGGGGCUCAUUUAGGAGCGGAGGGCCGGGUCACCUCCCCAGCCCCCCCUCUUUUCCGGUGCCCUCCACUUCUGGCUGACCUCUGAGGCCCACCCCGUGCAUCCACUCCUUCAGUGCCUUGAGUCUCACUUGCAGCAGCCCCCUCCCUUCAUCCCCUUCCUUUGGCUCCUGGAUGUAACUCACUUCCCCCACUCCCAAAAUCCCUCCUAAGACAGACAUCAGAAGAUACCCUGACAGUUACUUCCCAAAUGGUGCUUUGUAAAACACCAUCACUACAUCAGAAUCCGUUUCUUUACAUCUCUCAUCUUCAGAAUGUAAGGGGCAGGGAUUGUGACUCCAUACCACAUGCAGCCCCCACCCAGCACACUGGGGGUUUUCAGCACGGUUAGUAAGAGACAUGACAACAGACCAAAGGGAGGGUGUGAUGAGCAAAGCAUUAAUGUGGUUGUUCCCGACGUGAACCAGGUCUCAAGGGCAGACUCUGGAGCUGCUAUCAGUUAGGAAGUCAUAUGUGCCUUGAAAUGUCCACUACUCGAGUACCCAGCAUCUGGUGGGCCUGGGUGGCUGGGGGCCAACGGGGAAACUCGACCUCUGGAGCCUGCCCCGCUCCCGGCCUGCGUGCCAUCGGUGGGUGCGUGCGAUCGGAUGCUUGACUGGCGAUGUCGGUCUCUUACCAGUUGUGCUUGCUUCUCAGAAGUUAUUUAUACAGAGAAAUCACUAAUGGACUCUUCCAGUUCGAGCGCUUAUGGACUGGGUGAAUGGUUGCUGGGAUGUUUGUGUAAUUAAUUGCCAUAAUAAACUUUGAUGAGUUACA